CGCCACCCACGGAAGAGAGGAUCAUCACGGCGGCGUGGCGGCGAUCCACGAACGAUGCGCUGCUGCUGCUGCUGUCUCCGGUCGCCGCGGUGAGGUGAGGUGAGCCUCCGUGUCUCUGACCGAGAACCACCGGACAUCACCGCAGGUCUUCGCCGAGUCACGAUGGCCAAAAGCGGGACGUUGGUGGUGCUUUGCGCGCUGCUGGGCUGCGUGGAAGUCCGGGAUCAGGACCCACGCAGGAUGACACCACCGCCGGCUUCCAGCUUGGACUUCGGCUACGUGCCCGCGGGGGUCUACGAGACGGUGGCCCACUACGAACCAGGACCCAUCGGGAUCCUCUUCCACCUGGUGCACACCUGGCUGUGCCUGGUGCAGCCCAACCACUUCCCGCCAGAUCUUCUGGUCAGACUGGCCAAGGACAAGUUUGGAGCCGUUCAGACUGAAUACCAGAAGCCAGAGAACAUAGUGCUGCGCCUCCAGGCCGUCUACUACGAGAUGGGCUUCCUGGUGUGCGCGGCGGUGGGCGUGCUCUUCACCCUCUUGGUGCCCCUGGUGGGCAUCUUCUUCUGCAUGUGCCGCUGCUGCGACAACUGCGGCGGUGAGAUGCAUCAGCGGCAGAGGAAGAACGCCGACUGCCGGCGUGGUCUGCUGGGAACUUUACUCUUCUCCACCUCGCUGCUCAUCACGAUCGGCGUGUUGUGCGCGUACGCCGCCAACCAGAACCUGAGCGCUCAAGUCAAGAACAUCCGCCGUCUGGUCAACAGCAACAUGAGGGACCUGCACACCUUCGCCAACGACACGCCCACGCAAAUCGACUACCUGUCCUCCCAGUACGCCACCACCAAGAACCAAGUCCUCUACGACUUGGACAACAUAGGUCCGCUGCUGGGUGGAAGGAUACACCAUCAGUUAGAUAAGGAGGUGCGACCCGCCUUGGACGCCGCGCUGAAGACGACAGGAGCCAUGCGAGAGACCAAGGAGGCCCUGGACAACGUCAGCGUGUCCCUGCAAGUUCUCCAAGAAGGUGCGGCACACCUCCACGUCCAGCUGGGUUUAGUCCGGGACAACAUCAACAACACCCUGGACGACCCCGGGUGUCACGACGAGGAGUCGGACGCCACCUCCGCCCAGCUGUGUCGCAACAUCCGCCUGUCGCUGGCACAGCUGCACAUCAGUGCCAACUUCACACGGCUUCCCAACGUGAACUCUCAGCUGGAGAAGAUGAGCGACGUGUUGAAGACCGACCUCAGCGCCAUCGUGCACAAGGGCUACGCCUCCUUGAACGACACUCCUUAUAUGGUCAUGGUGCAGACCAGAGGUGUUGUGGACAAGGUGCAGAGUCUGCUGGACGACAUCGGCAGCAACAUCAGCAGCUUCGCCAAAGUCUUCCCGGUGCAGAAGUCGCUCGCCAACUUCACCAUCUUCAUCAGCCACGCCCACGCCAAGAUCGAGGACCACUACCCCGACAUCGACCAGAUGGACUUCUACAGGUGGACGUGCUGCGUGGCCAUGUGCUGCAUGGUGGUCUUGGUGCUGGCCUUCAACUAUCUGGGCCUGCUGUGCGGCACGCUGGGCUACGACAAGCACGCCUCGCCCACCACGCGGGGAUGCAUCUCCAACACGGGAGGAACCAUGCUGAUGGCGGGCGUGGGCUUCAGCGUCAUCUUCUCCUGGGUGCUGAUGGGCCUGCUGACCGCCAUCUUCCUGCUUGGAGGGAACAUGGAGAAGCUCAUCUGUGAGCCUUUUCAUACCCGGGAACUCUUCAAGGUGGUGGACUCACCGUACCUGGUGAGCUCCGAGUGGAAGAACUUCAUCCCAGGCUACAUGUACAACGACUCUGAGCUGGAGCUGAGUGCAGAGAGCUUGUACAGCACCUGCAAGGAAAACAAAGGCAUCUACUCAGCCAUGCGUCUGGACAAGAUCUUCAACGUCUCUUCUUUCCUGAACGCCACAGUGUUCACAAAGGAGGUGGUGGCUCACCUGAGCAAGGUCAACAUCGACCUGAGAGGAAUCACCUUGUUGGAAGCAGAAGGCAAGCAGAACCUUCUGGAAUUCUCGGAGGCGGGACUUUCGGAGACGAACUACGCCGACUACCUGGAGGAGGUCAACAAAGGCGUGACGGCGGAGGAUCUGCUGCUGUUUGCCAAAGAGCUGGAAGCCCAGACGGAACUGAUGCCUAGGGGCCGUCUGCAAAGUGCUCUGAAGGGUCACGUGGGCACAGUGAGACAGAUCCACAACCAGCAUGUGGUGCCCUUGCAGCAGGCCAUGAGCGCGCUGAACCAGAGCAUGAGGUUCCUGGAGAGGACGGCCUCCGACCUGCCGAACAAAGUGUUAGGUGUGCUCGAUGCCGUCGACGCGGCGCAGUAUCUCAUCUCCCAGAAUGCAACACACCUAAUUAACCGGGAAACGGCAAAAUACACGGCGGCCAUUGUGGGCUACUUCCAUCAGUACAUCGAGUGGGUCAAGACGUCUCUGGCCAUGGAGGUGGCGCCCUGCAAGCCCUUCAGCAACAUUCUGGACACCAUGGAGAUCAUCACCUGCAGCUUCCUGGUAGACUCCAUGAACGUGUUCUGGAUGGGUCUGGGCUGCAGCACCCUCCUCCUCAUCCCCAGCAUCAUCCUGGCCGUCAAGCUGGCCAAGUUCUACCGCAGGAUGGACACGGAGGACGUUUACGACGAUAUGGAAAGUGGUAAUAAUGGUUAUCAUAGCGAGCCCUCACACGCCACCCUUAACCCUCCCAUGGCCAGCAUCCCCACCUAUGACACCAUCAACAGGUUCCCAAGGGCCUCGGCUCCUCCAAGACACAUCGACUGGUGACUUCUUUGUGUCCUGGCAGCGGCCAUGACAUGUGGACAUGAAGACAAGGAUUCUUCCUUCAUGGAACUUUGAACCUGACUGAACUAAACAUCGAGAUUUUUCUGUCAUGAAGAAGAAUUCUUGGAAUUUUUUUAAAGUUUUAAAUCUUCAUCCUUACUCGGCCAAGAUGUUUCCGCAGGGCAUGACCUUGUUCUCCAUCUGGACCAGGCUGGUUCCGGAUGGUUCCGUUCCCUCAACUCUUGUUUACACGGGUCUCACCUGGACUUGACGCUAUUUCACGCCAACCGUGACGCUAAGUAGUGGCAGGAAGGUAACAACGCACGCUAAAAGGUUAGCUUGGUUAUUUGUCAACAACCUUUACGGGGAAACAAAAAGUGGACUUUCAAUGUUUACAAUAUUUUGAAUACUAGGUUGCUAAUGUCGUUGCAUAAAGACUGGUUGCCUUUCA